ACCAACGCGGUCAACACACCCAGCUCUUCCGGAUCCAAAGCUCCGACGAUAAACUCCAUCGGACAGCUCCGUGCAUCUCGCCAGGCGGAUCUCGCGAUUUCGUUUCUUGCCGCGCGCGUGAAACAUCCAUGGCUGCCAUCGUCGCCGGAGGAGGAGUGCUGCAGCUGCGCGUCCCGUCGGCCUCGUCGUCGGCGUUUGACCCCGCGCGGUGGCGGAGGACGCCGUCGGUGAGGUGCGCAGCCGUGCGCGGGUCCCCCGGGACGAAGCCCGCGAUGGACGACGACCACUACCGGACGCUGAGGCUGGCGCCGGGGGCCACCAGGCACGAGGUCAAGAAGGCCUUCCACCGCCUCGCGCUGCAGUACCACCCGGACGUCACGCGCCACCACAACGACGGCGAGGACGACCAGGACAACGUGGACUUCCAGCGGAUCAACGUGGCCUACCAGAGGGUGAUGGCCAACAUGCGGGAGGCGGAGGCGAGGCUCGAGCACUGGCGCGCUCGCUACGGCCUCGCCGACGAGGACCUCGACCGGUACCGGCGCUACCUCCACGAAGACGACGGCGAGGACGACUGGUUCGCCGACCUUUGA